GUUAUAGUCAAAUAGCAGACGAGAGCUGGUAAUGUGUUAAAAUACUUUUUCCAUAACAACCCACUGAAACUAAUUUAAACGUAACAGGACAAAAAGGGUUGUUUUCACUGAACAUCACUAACAGCCAAUAUCAUCACACCAUAACCAACCAAUAAUGUUAACAUUUUCUUGAACUUGCGAGUUGUGUGACUAGUAGUAUGUUGUCAAAAGUGAACUCCCGAUGUCAUUGAUAUAAAAUGGACUAUUAUGUUAUCAACAGUUAGGCCUCACUUAUGAUAGGCCCAAAACUAAGUUUACUAUCUGUAAAAGCCCAAAAUCAAUGAAAAUGGAAAGACCAUUAAGUAAGAUAAGACGACGUCGUGCCGACACUUUUCUGUUUUCAUUUCUUCGUGAAAUUUUCAAAAUUGAAUGAGGAAAAUAAGGUAGAUAUUUGUUUUUGACCAAAAAAAGGUAGAUAUUUGUUUGACCCGUCUGGUCUGAGCUGUUGGCCAACUGUGUUUGUAUUUACAUAUUUAAGAAAGCAAACAAUUGGGGCUGAAUUAAUAUCAUGGCAAAGUAUAAAGGACUAUAAUUGUAAAUAUUUACUAAAGGUAUUUGCCGACAUGACAAGUGACGAAAGUCACGAAACAGUAGUUACAUGUCACAGUGACUCCUCUGGAUUGGAGGCACGUGUAUGUAGGCCAAUUCAAGAAUGUCAUCUCUCACUCGGUGGCUUCGUGUCUGUAAUCUAUCAAAUUAAAAUUAACUAAACCGUCCUCAACGUGUAAUCUAUUAGUAUUAAGUUGCUGUUGACCAACUCUAGAUAAUCUAAAUUUUUAUAAUUUUCAGACAUUGACCAGAUAGUGCAUCAAAUCCUCACGCUACACUAUUAUAACAUUAUUACUAAUCUUGUUUUAUCAAAAUAGCAUAAAAUUUCUGCAAAUGUGUAUAACCUAACUCAAAGGACAUCCAUAUAACAGUGCCCACAUUUAUAUAUUCCAUUUUAGUCAUUUAUUCAAUCUCACACGAGACAAUAAUAGUAACAUAAUAAUGACAAACUACGGCACCAUUCCGACGUCGUCUCAUGGCUCUCCGGUGAUGGAUCCCGACUCCAUCUCACGCGCCAAGCAACGUAUCAAAGACGGACUCGCCAUGAGCCGUCCAUGGAGACAGAUGUUUGAUCUCCACUCCAUGAGGCUCCCUCACGGCGUCUCCGAAGCUUACUCAAGGAUCAAGAAGAACCUCAGCUACUUCCAGACGAACUACGCGAUCGUAGUCUUGGUCCUGAUCUUCUUCAGCCUUAUCAAGCAUCCGACAUCGCUUGUCGUCUUGACCGUUUUGGUUUUUGUCUGGAUCUUUCUCUAUUUCUUUCGAGAUGAACCUAUCAAGGUGUUUCGUUAUCAGAUAGACGAUCACACGGUCUUGGUUUGUUUAUCGGUGAUAACCAUCGUUCUUCUGUUCUUGACCGACGUGACGCUUAACUUAGUUGGGGCGUUGGUGACCGGAGCUGUGUUGGUUUUGAUCCAUGCGGUUGUUAGGAAGACGGAGGAUCUCUUCUUGGAUGAAGAGGCGGCGACGGCUGAGACUAUUCAGGACUGACGUCAUACCUGUCAUCAUUAAUCGAUUGAUUGAUCUCGAACUUUCUACGUAUCCUUUUCUGUGUAUUAUACCAUUAUUGUUUUAUCAUUGUAUGUGUAAUGAUUUAACAUUUUUUAUUGGUGUGAGUUUGGUUUGAGACUAUUAUGUUUUGGGGUGACGAGUGUUACGAGUUUGAAGUUUGAACCAUUCAAAAUUGUUACAACUAUUUAUUUUUAGUAUAAUCGAAGACUCGUGAACU